AUGGCUCGCAAGUAUGAAAUGAGUGAUAUGGGUUUUCUCCGACACUUCUUGGGAAUGGAGAUUCAUCAAGAAGAAGAAAAGGUGGUUAUUUGUCAAAGGAAUUAUGCCGAAAAAAUCUUAAAGUUCAAGAUGCUCGGAUGCAAUCUAGUCUCCACACCCUCGACUAUGGGGGAGAAACUAAAGCAAGAUGAUGGAGGAAAACCGGUUGAUGAAACUCACUACAGAAGCUUGAUCGGGAACCUUCUUUACCUCACAGCAACACGUCCUGACAUCAUGUUUGUCACAAGUCUCUUGACCCAACUCAUGCAAAAGCCAAGCCAAAUCAAUUUUGGAGCCGCCAAGAGAGUGUUGUGCUACAUCCAAGGUACCAUGGAUUUCGGAUUAAGUUACAAGAAGAGUAUUGAUGUCAAAUUCAUUGCUUAUUGUGAUAGUGAUUUUGGAGGAUCCCUUGAUGAUUCAAAAAGCGCGUUGGGAUAUUGCUUUAGGAUGGGAUCGGCUGUUUUCACAUGGAUUUCAAAGAAACAACAAAGCGUUGCACAAUCAUCCUCCGAAGUGGAGUACUUAUCAGCAACAUUAGCCACGUCUCAAGCCAUUUGGCUAAGAAGAGUCAUGGGUGAUCUCCGACACGAGCAACAAGAAGGAACCAUGCUGUAUUGUGAUAACAAAUCAGCUAUCUUCAUGGCAAAGAACCCAACGCACCACAACUCAAUUCAAUCUAUUAAUGUCUCUGAUAUGAAAUCCGAUAUUCUCGAUCUUAAUGGAGACAAUUAUAAAGUUUGGAAUGAGAGAAUUAUUCUGCAUUUGGGGUGGAUGGACAUAGAUUAUGCCAUCAAAAAAGAUGAACCGCCUCCUAUUACUGAAAAUAGCACUCCAGAUGAGGUCGAUCUUUAUGAAAAAUGGGAGAGAUCUAACCGUCUCUGCGUUAUGUUCAUAAAGACUCGAAUAUCUGCUGGAAUAAGGGGUUCUGUGAGCAUUGUACUAAUGUCCGUGCCUUUUUGA